AACGGCCUAUCUUGUAUGUCGUCACAAGUAAGGCAUCAACCAUACCGACACAAAAAAAGUCUAGGUCUUUGUAGGAUUGACGCUAUUUUGUCAUCAUCAAGAGGCUGUGCUCCCAUAUUUCUACUGUAUAGACGCCUUAUUUUGUUAGGCAAACGUAAAUUUUGCAUAUUGGAAAUGAAAAUGCAAGCAAUGAAUCUGAGAUUAUUGUGCUCAAUUCAAUUCCAAACCAUCCUUCUCUUGUUGGUUGUACUUCUACAUAUUAAAACUCUUUUUGUUUCUAGUAUUAGUAUUGCCACCCCAACUUAUUUCGGUGGGAAUGAGACUGAUCAUCAAGCUUUGUUGGCCUUCAAGAGACAGAUAACACGUGACCCUGAAAACGUUUUCAGCUCUUGGAAUGAUUCCCUCCAUUUCUGCGAGUGGGAAGGUGUUACUUGUGGCCGCAAGCAUAGAAGAGUCACUGUAUUAGAUCUGAGUACCAGAGGUUUGGUGGGUUCCUUGUCUCCAUACAUAGGCAACCUCAGCUUCAUUAGGGAAAUCGUGCUGGCAAACAACACCAUUGGAGGCAAAAUCCCUGAUGAAGUUGGCCGUCUAUUCAGGUUGCGUGUAUUGAGGUUGACUAAUAACUCCUUCCAAGGGGAAAUUCCUGCAAACCUUUCCCAUUGCUCCAACAUUAAGAUUCUUAGAGUCGGAUUCAAUGACCUUUCGGGAUCAAUCCCAAAGGAGCUUGCUUCUUUAUCAAAGUUGGAGAUUCUAGCUCUUCGCACUAACAAUCUCGGGGGAGGAAUCCCACCUUUCUUUGGGAACUUUAGCUCUCUCCAAGUUUUAUCUGCAGUCGAAAAUGUCUUUGGAGGACACAUUCCAGAUGCCUUGGGUCAAUUACGAAGCUUAAAUUUACUUGCACUGUUUGGCAAUAAACUCUCUGGACAUAUUCCAGAUACCUUGGGUCAAUUAAGAAGCUUAACGCACCUUACACUCGGUGGGAAUAAACUCUCUGGACAUAUUCCAGAUACCUUGGGUCAAUUAAGAAGCUUAACGUUCCUUGGACUGUAUGAGAAUAAACUCUCUGGUUUGAUCCCUCCAUCUUUAUAUAAUCUUUCGUCUAUUACUGAAUUUUAUCUCUGUAAAAAUAAGCUUAGUGGAAGUCUUCCUACAAACUUAUUCCUCACCCUUCCGCAUCUCCAGUGGUUUCUAAUCUAUGAAAACCAAUUUACUGGAUCUCUUCCAGUCUCAUUAUCUAAUGCUUCAGAGCUACAGUAUUUCCAAGUUUACAUGAACAAUUUUAGGGGAAAAAUUUCAGUCAAUUUUGGAGGCCUGCACCGUUUGGAGGUAUUAUCAAUUGAUGAUAAUAAUUUUGGAAGUGGAGAUGAUGAUGAUGAAAUGAAUUUCUUUCAAUCUCUAGUCAAUUGUAGCAGUUUACAGAAAAUAGAUCUUUCAGGGAAUCAACUCAAAGGAACGUUGCCUAAUGUUUUGGGUAAUCUUUCGACCCAGCUUACCCAUUUUGAAAUUGCAGAUAAUCUUCUUUUUGGAGAGAUCCCUAUAGGGAUGGGUAAUUUGGUCAACUUGACAGCCUUAAGGAUGAGUGGUAACAAGUUUUCAGGGACAAUCCCAGAUGAUAUUACUGGUCUUAAAAAGUUGCAGCGUUUAUGGUUAAAUAACAAUAGGCUCUCAGGAAUGUUACCAAUUACCCUCGGAAACCUAACACUGUUAAAUGAACUGUACUUAUAUAAUAACAAAUUGCAAGGAACUAUCCCAUCAAGUAUAGAAAAUUGCCAAAAUUUGUUGUUGUUAGAUCUUUCACAAAACAAUCUCACUGGCAUCAUUCCAAAGCAACUCUUUGCGGUUUCCAUGCUGUCAAUUAGACUUAGUUUAGCUCAAAACUUUUUCUUAGGAUCACUACCUUCUGAGGUCGGCAAUCUUGUCCAUUUAUAUGAGCUGGACUUAUCUGAAAACAAGUUGUCUGGUAAAAUUCCAAGCAGCCUAGCCUCUUGCACAAGCCUUGAGUACCUUUACCUGGAGGGUAAUUUAUUUCAAGGAGAAAUUCCAACAUCCCUGAGUUCUUCGAGGGGUAUUCAAGUCAUGGAUCUUUCUCGGAACAACUUCUCUAGUCAAAUUCCAAAUUUCUUGGAGAAACUCUCCCUAGAGAAUUUGAAUUUAUCCUUCAAUGAUUUUCAGGGAGAGGUUCCAACAAAAGGGGUUUUCGCAAAUGCUAGCACAAUAUCACUCAUUGGAAAUAGUAGAUUGUGUGGGGGCAUAUCGGAACUAAACUUGCCGAGGUGCUUAACAAAAGAAGAGAAGAAAAUAAAGUGGCCUUUUUCAGUCAAAGUGGUAAUCUCAAUGGCAUGUGUGAUUUUGGUAAUAACCAUAGUGUCAUUUUUCUUAUUUUAUUGGCGCAAAAAUAAAAGAAAUGAUAAUUCUUCAGAAUCUUCCUUGAAGCAAUUAUUUUUGAAAGUGUCUUACCAAAUGCUCCUUAAAGCAACUGAUGGAUUUUCAUUAGCAAAUUUGAUUGGUGUUGGUAGUUUUGGCUCAGUGUAUAAAGGCAUCCUUGGUGACAAUAGAUCAACUGUUGCAAUUAAGGUACUAAAUAUUCAACGUCAAGGAGCUUCCAGGAGCUUCGUCUCCGAGUGUGAAGCCUUGAAAAAUAUUCGUCAUCGAAAUCUUGUGAAGAUCAUAACUUGUUGCUCAAGUGUGGAUUUUCAUGGCAAUGAUUUUAGGGCUCUAGUUUACGAGUUCAUGCCAAAUGGAAGUCUAGAAAAUUGGUUGCAUAUGGAUCUAGAAACAAAUAUCAUGCAGGUAGAGAUACGAAAUCUGAACAUUCUUCAAAGAACAAACAUUGCCAUUGAUGUCGCUUGUGCACUUGAUUACCUACACCACCAUUGCCCAAUGCCAGUUGUUCAUUGUGAUAUAAAGCCAAGUAACAUUCUUUUCGAUUGUGAUAUGAUUGCUCAUGUUGGAGAUUUUGGGCUUGCGAAGUUUCUUUUAAGACUUACCGAUUCGAAAGAAAGUAGUUCGAUUGGAAUAAGAGGAACAAUUGGGUACACCCCUCCAGAGUACGGUUUAGGAAGUGAGGUGUCAACCAAAGGAGAUGUGUACAGCUAUGGAAUUUUAUUGUUGGAGAUGAUAACAGGAAAGAGACCCACAGAUAGUGUGUUCGAGGGAGGCCUUAACCUUCACAACUAUGCUAGCAUGGCCAUACCAGACGGUGUAAUGGAAGUUGUGGAUCCAAAACUUUUAAAUAAUGUUGAUGAAGUUCUUGGAAAUAACAGUGGUUGCCUUGCAAAUAAAAUAAAGGAGUGUUUGAUAUCCAUGGUCAAAGUCGGAGUGGCAUGCUCUAUGGAGUUGCCACAAGAACGAUGGGACAUUAGCAAGGCCAUCUCUGAGUUGCAAUUGGUUAGGGACAUUAUUCUUGGUGCUAGGAUUUAGCACAUCAUGCUUGGCUAUAUGGAAGGUCCAAAAAGUCUUGUGCUCCUUCAAAGUGUUACAUUGGAUGGAAAGACUUUUCUGGCAUUCUAGAUAGGCUUGCCUAUGGUUAUUCAUUGAAUAAGAAGUAUUUUGCAUGUUUCA